CGGGGGGCGGAGCUCAAAGUCUGCGGCUCUUGCCGAGCAGAGGGGCUGUGGCCGCGGGUUGGCCGGAGUCGGGACGCUGUUACACUGGCAGCGGGGGAGGGGUUGGUGGGCCCCAAGCUGGUUUUCGCUCCCCGAUCCUCGCCAGGGGCUGAGCGCAGCCCCCGCCCGGCCCCGGCCGCGCUGAGGAUAAAUGGGUGUGCAUGACCUUUCCCUGAACUAAAGCAGUUCCAUGUCUUGUUUGGAUUGUUCCUGUAUUCUGCGGACAACAGUUGAAUCAAUCAGACAAGAAAAGCAAUCAGAAAAUAGCAUCCAUCAAUACUUGGCAGAUGAACCUGAGUUCUCCUGGAUUCAUCCAUAUGGAAGAAAUGAGAAGGCACGUUGUUCUUCUGACGUCUCCCAUUAUGAACUCCAGGUGGAAAUAGUUGGUUUGCUUCUGCUUACAGGAAGAGGAUUCAACAAUUUAACUUCGAUCUACCUUGCCCGGCAUACACCUACAGGAACGCUUGUGGCUGUAAGGAUCACAGACUUAGAAAACUGCUCUGAAGAACAUUUGAAAGCUUUACAGAGUGAGGUGGUGCUAUCCCACUUUUUCCAGCACCCCAACAUAAUGACACUUUGGACAGUAUUUACUACUGGCAGCUGGCUUUGGAUCAUCUCUCCGUUCAUGGCCUAUAAUUCAGCUAGUCACCUACUGAGGACCUACUUCCCUGAAGGAAUGAGUGAAGCUUUGAUAGGAAACAUUCUGUUUGGUGCAGUUAGAGGGUUAAAUUACAUGCACCAAAAUGGCUACAUUCACAGGAAUAUGAAAGCUAGCCACAUUCUGAUUUCAGGGGAUGGUCUGGUUUCUCUGUCUGGCUUAAAACAUCUCUACAGUUUAGUUAACAAUGGACAGAAGUCAAAGGUUGUGUAUGAUUUUCCCCAUUUUAGUACUUCAGUACUUCCUUGGCUGAGUCCUGAGCUACUCAGACAGGAUUUGUAUGGGUAUAAUGUGAAGUCUGACAUUUACAGUGUGGGGAUAACAGCAUGUGAAUUAGCCAAUGGAUAUGUACCAUUUCAGGAUAUGCCUUGUGCAAAGAUGCUGCUGCAUAAGCUGAAAGGUCCCACUUAUUGUCUCUGGGAUAUAAAUACCUUCCCAUGCGUGGAAUCCAGAAUGAAGAAUUCCCAAUCAGGUGUGGAUUCGGGAAUUGGUGAAAGCAUGACACACACAAUGACUAGCGAGAGACUGCAAACUCCGUCCUCAAAAACAUUUUCCCCUGCUUUUCACAACUUGAUAGAACUCUGUUUGCAACAGGACCCCGAGAAAAGGCCAUCAGCAAGCAGUUUGCUGUCACACACUUUCUUCAAACAGGUAAAAGAACAAACAAGGAGUUCCUUACUUUCACUGUUGCCACCUCCUGCCCAACACAAUGGACCACAAUUCUUGCCACUGCCCUCAACAGCAGUCAGGCCUGAACUUGGGUGUUUUUGCCCAAAUGAAAGAGACAGAGAGUGGGACUUUUAAAACAAUGACAAACCAUCAUACCUCCCCCAUGUUUCAAAGAAGGAAAAUGUGAUUUCUACUUGCUGCUUUUCUCUGUAUUGGUUUAAAUACAAAUAUAAGAGCUAUACUUGAA